UUAAAAUAUGUAAUAUGUUAUAUAUAUAAAUGCUUGUGAUGACACAAUAUGAAAAUACAUCUUUUCAAUCCAAGCACUUUCCACUAAGAGUAAACUGCUGAUUUUGCAUUUGGGAAAAUGACAAAUAACAUGACUCUGAAGGUCAAAAUAAGCUGAUAUCAGCUUUAAUUUCAAUGCAUCAUUCUUGUCAGGUAGCGGCUAAAGCUUUGGAAACAGUAUUUGGAGCAUUUUACGAUGUUAUUAUGAAUCUGAAGGACAUCACGGAUGCUUCAUUCAGGGAAAACAUUUAACAUUCACUAUUUUAUAUCUAGGUCAGGGCUCCCGUAGUGCAUUUUAAUAACCCACAUGUUUUUUCUCUGCAUCUAAGAACCACACUUUAAGUGAUCCGAAACUUGUUUUAAGGAACGCAUAAAUGGCAAAGAGCCAAUUGCAAUUGUUCCUGGUAAUCAGACUGAAGCGAGAGUGUCUGUGCUGUUAAAGAACGCCAAAGAGAAUGAUAACAGAGGACAUGAUGCAGACUGUAUCUCACACCAGAUCAAAUAAAGACACUCUCUGGUGUACAACUUUAUUGUAAGUGCAUUAACUAAAAUACAUUUUGCAUUUAUUUAUACCCAUUAUGCAAGCAUGGAUAACUGAAUUAACUAAAAUACAAGAAAGUAUUGUGUAGCUUGUUAAAGAGAUUUUGGAAAAAUGGAGGGGUGGUCCCUUAUUGAAGGUGGUUGCAGAUUAACAUAGGCUUGAGGACGUGCUAUUUCGACAUGAGCAAACUGCCAGAAGGCUAUUGCAACGACUUUUCAGUGCACUGGCAACCAGCCAAAAAAAAAAAAAACAUAAUAAUAAGAGUAAGGUUUGCACAGACAAGCAUCACUCAUAUUUUCAUUAGGCAAUGUAGAAAUACCCUUCUUGCCACUUCCAAGUAACUCAUCUAAAGUGAGUGGCAGUGUAGUCAUGAAAUAACUGCAAUUGCACUUUCUAGGUAUGCAAAAGAGCCGGACAUUUUUCAUUAACUACACUUCAGAAUUGUAGUUUGCUGGGGUCAUAUUUUGAAUAAUCAGACUCUCUUUGCAAAUAUCUCAUUACGCUUUAUUCUCAUACAGCAUUAUUCUUCAUUAAACCUGCUUUAGCUCUCGGUGGAGUGUGAUCUUUGUGUUUGUUCUGAAAUAACUUGAUGAACCACCAGGUGGUGGUGCUGAGACUGAGCCACCAAAGGCCGACCCCAAUAUCUCACUUCCUGUGUCCUUGCCUAGCUAGCAGUCAUCUGUUGUUGUUUAUGCAUUUCUUAAAACCGCACUGCUGGAAAAGAGAGAGAGCGAAAGAGCAGUGACAUCUGUAUCUGGAGAUGUUACCGAACAGCUGUUGCAAUACUGUCCUCAGUCAUUAUAUCUGCACCAUGCAUAAAAUGGAUUUAUAAAGAAAUCAACGCAUACCAAUGUUGCAAGCUAUAACUGCGGUCUAAAAGUGAAGAAAGCCCUUUCACCAAUGUAAUCAAGGUGAUGUUUCCUUAUGCAUCCAUUUUCAGGUGUUUAUACAGAACAUAUUUUGUAUAAAACACUAUCGACUGCUUGGAUAGACACUUAAAACUUCUCAGAACAACCCAGCAACUACCUACAGUAAGUUAUUAUAUGACAACAUGCUAAAAUAAGAGCACUCAGAACACCCACUCAAUUGAUCCUUUACAGGGAGUUUGAUUGACAGGCGAUCUGACAAGUCCUAAAGAUGAAUCUGCCAUUUUUUUUCCAACAAACAAGCCAGACCGGGGAGUUAGAUAAAUGCCGGUGGACUUGAACUUAAAAAACUUUGUUUAAAAGACUUUGUGUCAUACCUGAAAUAACCUGCUCUGAGUCCCCUACAACAUAGCAAUACACUAUCAACCAUAUACUAACACUUUAAAAACCUUUCAGAACAACCUAGCAACCCAACUCUAAGACUAUAUAACCCUAACCCUAACACCCUUGGGUGCAUCAUAAUUGAGUGGAUCAUCAGUCAGCAUAAUGAAAUUCAUAUAUUUUAAGGUAUUUGUGUUAGACAUUUAAGGUAUGUCGAACAAAACAGACAAGUCGCUGAAAAUCCUCAAAUCAAAACUUGCAGCAAUUCUCUGUGUGCUGUCUCAUCUGGACUUGUGCUUCUCAAUCCCACCAAUCGUACGAUAUCUAACAGCAGGGAAUCCGAAGUAUAAAACUUCCCCGAGGGGCUGAACUUCUGUCCAGUGCUGUUUGGAUGAGAGUGUGUGAAGGUGCAGUCCAUUCCCAAAUGUGUAAAUGUCUACAACGACACAUCAGGAAACAUGUUUAUCCUUCUUUAUCUGAGCUUUUGGAGUGUGUUGGUGUCACACAGUCAGAGUCUGAGUGAAAGAGCAACAGCUACAACAAUAACAUCACAAGCAUCUGUGACGCUUGGAGACGACAACGGCCAGUGCUCGACCUGUCAGUUUCGACAACAGAGUAAACUUUUGCGCCUGCACUCCAUUAAGUCUCAGAUUUUGAGCAUCCUGCGUCUGGAACAGGCUCCAAACAUCAGCAGAGACACGGUUAAGCUGCUCUUACCUAAAGCACCUCCACUGCAGGAGCUCCUGGACCAAUAUGACCAAAAUGGAGGCAUUAGUGAGGAUGAGGAACAAGGCAGCAGCGAGACCAUCAUAACCAUGGCCACAGAGCCUCAAGCAAUCACCCAAACUGAGGGAAUGCCGAAGUGUUGCAUGUUCUCACUGAGCCCAAAGAUUAUGCCUAACAGCAUCCUCAAGGCCCUGCUCUGGAUCUACCUCCGACCAGCAGAGGAGCCAACCACAGUCUUCAUCCAGCUAUCUCACCUGAAGUCUCUGUCUGAAGGGAACAACCACUCAAGAAUGCGUGCACAAAAAAUUGAUGUGAAUGCCCGGACAAACUCCUGGCAGCACAUCGACAUGAAGCAGCUACUGCAGUUGUGGCUCAAACAGCCUGAGAGUAACUUUGGGAUAGAAAUCAAGGCCUUUGAUGCAAAUGGAAAUGAUCUGGCUGUGACCUCUGCAGAGUCUGGAGAAGAGGGAUUGCAACCCUUCCUGGAGGUUAAAAUAUUGGACACUGGCAAACGGUCCAGACGGGACACCGGCCUCGAUUGCGAUGAGCAUUCCACUGAGUCACGUUGCUGCCGGUAUCCACUCACCGUUGACUUUGAGGAAUUUGGUUGGGACUGGAUAAUUGCCCCCAAGCGCUACAAGGCCAAUUACUGCUCAGGUGAAUGUGUGCAGAAGUACCCCCACAGUCACAUCGUCAACAAGGCCAACCCUCGGGGCAGUGCAGGCCCCUGCUGCACACCCACCAAGAUGUCGCCAAUAAACAUGCUGUAUUUCAAUGACCAUGAGCAGAUAAUCUACGGAAAAAUUCCUUCAAUGGUCGUAGACCUUUGUGGCUGCUCUUGAGCCUGAGAGCUUCUUGAGUUGUUAUGACAGAAAGCCCUAACUGCUCUGGACCAGAGGGAAGUGAAAAUAAACUUUACCUUGUCCCUGACAAAAUAGUUCCUGCUAAAACAACUGACCACACCAGGAUCCCAACAAACCAACUUAUCCAAUUCUUUUAGUUUGUUCUCAUCGACUGUUGCACACUAGGACAAUUGUACCAAGGUGACAAGUGUUUCUUUGUUUAUGAAGGUAUAAGUAUUCCUCCGUGGAUGCAUUUUAGCAUAGAGAUGACCUGAUGGGCUUUACCAGCUUGAUGUCAGAAUGUAAAAAUUGCAAAAAGUACUUUUGAGUUUUAAAUUGAUGUCAAAGGGGGUUGUAUAGUUGAUUAUUUAUAUAAAGUCACUUAUCCACCAGUGACCCAAAAACAGGAACACUGACCCAGAUUCGCACUCAACAUGACGCCCAAAAGAUUUAUUCUGCAGUUGUUUCAUAUGGGUAGUUGACAGAUGGUAGGAAUAGGAAAAACUUUUUUCAUUGCUGUAACUGGUCACAAAUUAAAAUGUAUAAAUAAUCUUUAAAUGCUUUUAGACAUUGCUGGAACAUGUCAACUACCCAAAGGGUAUGCAUAAGCAUGCAGCUUAUGUUCUUGUCAAAAAACACACUUAAAUUGCCAGUUCACUAGGUAGUGAAUCUAUGGAGAUUGUUUUUUUUGUAAGUGUAUAGAUUCUAUGGUUCCAAAUCAUGUUAUAGUUUUGAUCUGUCACUGUAUGAAGUAAAAUGCCUGUUACUGAAGUCUCUGAGGAGUUGUUUUCGCGUGUCCUUAAGGGACCUCUUCAGUGUUUUCUCUUUGUAACCCUAACAAUGACACCAUUGACAUCAUUGACAUCAUUCCAAGCAUGUGGAGCACAUUAUGGCACUCAAAAGCAACAAACCCAUUUUCAAUGGAAGCUAAAGCCUCUCCUGUUUUAUUUUGUUCUCUGGAGGGUUCCCCAGUGUGAUUGAGGCCCCGUGAGGCAACGACACUAGAAGUCUGUCCCCGGGGCAAUGAAAGCACUUAGAAAUGUCUUAAUUUUUUUGAAAAAGAUUUUGAACACUUUGCAGCGUGAUUCAAUAAUAACAGUUGCCAUGAAACUAUAGUUUUAGGACAUGGAAGAAUGGAAGACAAAUAAAACACCUUGCCUCUAAAACCGACAGGUUGAAAAGAGGGGAAACAAGACUUCAUAAAAAUACAGUGAAACUAACCAUAUUAUAUACAGUACAGACCAAAAGUUUGGACACA